AUGUCAUAUCAACUUUAUAGAAAUACUACAAUUGGAAAUACAUUGCAAGAAAGCCUUGAUGAACUAAUUCAAUAUGGGCAAAUAACGCCGACAUUAGCAGUAAAAGUGUUACUUCAAUUUGAUAAAUCAAUAAACCAAGCACUUUCGACCAGGGUCAAAUCUAGGCUAACAUUCAAAGCAGGAAAAUUAAAUACUUACAGAUUCUGUGAUAAUGUUUGGACAUUUAUGUUGAACGAUGUAGAGUUCAGGGAAGUCCAAGAAGUUGCCAAAGUAGAUAAAGUGAAAAUUGUAGCUUGUGAUGGAAAAAAUGUUGAUGAUAGAAGGUAA